GCUUUGCUACUUAUUAGUAAUGGCAAGAUAUAUGAGCACUGUGGGGAGAUAUGGCCAAGUAUCCCUUGGGUCACUGUGAGGAUUACAGUGGAACUAAACUCCCCACAGGUUAGCUUGUUUUGGUGAAAUUUUUGUCCUAAGAUCCUCGGGAUCACCAGGAUCCUGUAUUUGUCCUGCUGGCAAUUUCUAUUCAGGAAUUUCAAGCUUUGAAAUAGAGAAUUACUGAUAGGAAUGAGCUAGUAAAAAGAGAAGGAAACAGUUACUCAGGUGUUGUGAAGUCAGACAGAUUGUAUAAUGUUUAUAACGCUGGUGUGUAGUUUGCUCAUAGAAAUGAAUGCUUAUCUGGAAUUUGUCUAGUGAAAAUGAAACAAUUAAACCCAUUCAACUGCAGAACCAGGGUCCUCCGCCAAGUAGAAGUGUAAUCAACAUUUAAGCUGAGCUUCAUCUGUGCUCCCGUCUGUGAGUGACAGUGCCUCCAUGGAGAAACUGCUUCUGACUUCUGGUUCUCUCACUGUUUUCACAGAGUCUGAGCCCUUGUGAAGCUGGCGAUGACAAGUCUGAAUGGUCGCCAUGCCGAGAAAACCAUUGACAUGCCAAAGCCAUCAGCCCCCAAAGUGCACGUGCAGAGGUCUGUGUCCCGAGACACCAUCGCCAUUCACUUCUUGGCAUCUGGGGAGGAGGAGGAGGAAGAGGAGGAGGAGUUCAAGGAGUACCUCACAGAGGGGCUAGACGACCAAAGCAUUGUAACAGCGCUCGAAGCCAAGGAAGACCUCUACCUUGAACCCCAGGGUGGCCAUGACUCCGCGGGCCCUGCUGCCUCACCCAUCCUGGCAGAGGGACUGCCCGCAUCCCAGGCCCCUGCCAUUUUACCCGUCUCGGAGAACACUGUAAAGCUGUUGGAGCCCCCUCCUCCGGCAGCACAAGUAUUAAGUACAGUGCCAUUGGCUCUGUCCCCAGGGUCAUCCUUGUCAGGGCCCUUAGCCAGCUCUCCCAGCAUAUCAUCCCUCUCUGAGCAGAAAACCAGUUCUUCCUCCCCAUUGUCCUCUCCUUCCAAGUCCCCCAUCCUGUCAUCCAGUGCCUCAUCCUCUGCCCUGUCCAGCGCAAAACCUUUCAUGAGCCUUGUCAAGUCCCUGUCUGUCGAGGUGGAGCCAAAAGAAUCUCUGCACCCCCCCAGGCACAGGCACUUGAUGAAGACCUUGGUGAAGUCCCUGUCCACAGAUACUUCCAGGCAGGAGUCAGAAGCUGUUUCCUAUAAGCCACCUGACUCCAAACUGAACCUACACCUGUUCAAGCAGUUCACACAGCCCCGGAACACAGGUGGAGAUUCCAAAACCGCACCUUCUUCCCCAUUGACCUCUCCCUCUGAUACCCGCUCCUUUUUCAAAGUGCCCGAAAUGGAGGCUAAAAUCGAAGACACUAAACGCCGCCUUUCUGAAGUCAUAUAUGAGCCUUUUCAGCUCCUUAGUAAAAUCAUAGGGGAAGAAAGUGGCAGCCAUCGGCCGAAAGCCUUAUCUUCAAGUGCUUCUGAGCUCUCCAACCUGUCCAGCUUGAACGGGCACCUGGAAAGCAAUAACUACAGCAUCCAGGAGGAAGAGGGGGACUCUGAAGGUGAGGGCUAUGGAAGCGACCCCAACACCUCCAGGGGUGACCUCCCAAAGGCUACCGAGGAGCCCUCGAGAGAGGCUGAACCGAAAAGUGGCCAGGUGAGUGGCCUGAAGGACUUGGGCUUGAGGACGAGUUCUCUAGUCCUUGAGAAGUGUACCUUGUCGGCACUGGUGAGCAAAGAAGAUGAAGAGUUCUGUGAGCUGUACACUGAAGACUUUGACCUGGACACAGAGGGGGACAGUAAAAUGGACAAACCCCCAGACGUCCCUGUCCAACCAAAGGUGCUUGGCAUCGGUAGUGCAGUCCUCGACAGUGAGGAUGAGGCAGAAGCAGCCGGGCAGCACCCUGAGUUGCCAGUGAAGACACUGGGCUUCUUUGUAAUGUGUGUCUAUGGGUACCUCAUCCUCCCCCUUCCCUACUACGUGAGCGGCCUCCUCCUGGGAGUUGGCCUAGGCUUCAUGACUGCAGUGUGCGUGAUUUGGUUUUUUACACCACCAAGUGCUCAUAAACACCACAAGCUGUAUAAGCAUGUGCAGCCCUGGAACACGAGGUCUCUGGAUAUCAAAGAGCCUGAAAUCCUAAAGGGAUGGAUGAAUGAGAUUUACAACUAUGAUCCAGAAACUUACCAUGCGACUUUGACGCAUUCAGUCUAUGUUCGACUUGAGGGUGAAACCUUAAGACUUUCAAAGCCCAAUAAAAACAUAUCCAGGAGGGCGAGCUACAAUGAAACAAAGCCAGAGGUCACCUACAUCAGCCAGAAAAUCUAUGACCUUUCGGACAGCAAGAUUUAUCUUGUACCUAAAAGUUUGGCUCGGAAACGCAUCUGGAAUAAAAAGUAUCCCAUUUGCAUUGAGCUUGGGCAACAAGAUGACUUUAUGUCAAAGGCUCAGACAGAUAAGGAAACUUGUGAAGAAAAGCCAGCAGCUGAGAGGGAGCUGGCCAACGAGGACCCCAAGAAGCCACUGCAACCUCCAGAGGGAACAAGAGCUGGUCAGCGAGAUCAAAUAUUGUACCUCUUUGGGAGAACAGGACGAGAAAAGGAGGAAUGGUUUAGGAGGUUUGUUCUGGCAUCUAAGCUGAAGUCAGAACUUAAGAAGCCACUUGCUGUCUCUGGAAGUAAAUCUGGUCCUCCCUUCUCUGCCCCAGGGCUUGUGCCCACCCACAGCAGACACAGCAGCCCCUCCGGCCACCUGACACAUAGCCGCAGCAGCAGCAAGGGCAGCAUGGAGGAGAUCCUGUCACAGCCCAAGCAGAAGGAGUUGGCAGGCAGCGUGCGGCAGAAGAUGCUUCUUGACUACAGCGUGUACAUGGGCAGGUGUGUCCCCCAGGAAAACCGCAGUCCCCACAGGAGCCCUGUGCAGAGUGUGGAGAGCAGCCCCACAGCUGGGAAAAAGUUGCCAGAAGCUCCCCCCUUGGAGGAGGAAGAACAGGAAGCCUGGGUGAACGCCUUGCUUGGAAGAAUAUUUUGGGACUUCUUAGGGGAGAAAUACUGGUCUGAUCUGGUGUCUAAGAAAAUCCAAAUGAAACUCAGCAAAAUAAAGCUUCCCUACUUUAUGAACGAGCUAACUCUGACAGAACUGGACAUGGGGGUGGCUGUGCCAAAAAUUCUGCAGGCCUUUAAGCCUUAUGUGGAUCACCAAGGACUCUGGAUCGAUUUGGAAAUGUCCUACAAUGGGUCCUUUCUGAUGACUCUCGAGACCAAAAUGAAUUUGACCAAACUAGGUAAAGAGCCUCUUGUUGAAGCCCUGAAGGUUGGAGAAAUUGGCAAAGAAGGUUGCAGGCCCAGGGCAUUCUGUCUGGCUGACAGUGAUGAGGAAUCUUCCAGCGCCGGCUCCUCCGACGAAGACGAUGCCCCAGAGCCUAGUGGGGGAGACAAACAGCUGCUCCCAGGAGCUGAAGGGUACGUUGGAGGUCAUCGGACAAGUAAGAUUAUGAGGUUUGUUGAUAAAAUUACCAAGUCAAAAUAUUUCCAGAAGGCAACAGAGACAGAGUUCAUUAAAAAGAAGAUUGAAGAGGUUUCCAAUACACCCCUGCUGCUGACUGUUGAAGUGCAAGAAUGUAGAGGAACCUUGGCCGUCAAUAUCCCACCUCCCCCGACCGACCGGAUCUGGUAUGGUUUCCGGAAGCCACCGUACGUGGAGCUCAAAGCGCGGCCAAAGCUUGGAGAGAGAGAAGUGACUUUAGUUCACGUGACAGACUGGAUAGAAAAGAAGCUGGAGCAAGAGUUUCAGAAAGUUUUUGUCAUGCCAAACAUGGAUGAUGUUUAUGUCCCUUUAAUGCACUCGGCCAUGGACCCUCGUUCCACCUCCUGCCUCUUGAAAGACCCGCUGGUGGAGGCUGCUGACCCGCUGUGCUGAGACCAGCCUGAGACCUGGCUUAGGUGUGGAGUUCCUGGCUGCCAUCUUGGCUGUGGCACUGACCUUUUCCUGGACCACAGCUACUGUUUCUCAAAGGAUUGCUUCUGCCCUCUGGUGCCCAUUCCACUGUGAGGUGUCAUUGCCUGCAUCCAGUGACAAAUGUCUGGGUUUCCUGCUGCAAAGGCUGAAUCAUCACGGUGGACUCAAAGUUGCAGGUGACUCAUGCUUUUUUCCAGUCUGCCAGUUCUUACAUCAGGAGCAAAGCUGCACAACUAGAAAGCUCCUCUCCUCCCAACUCCCUCAAAGCUUUCCCUCAGGCAGCCGGUGCCCAGUGGGACUUUUUUUCCACUUCUAUACUUUGUACUUGAUCACAACCUUCAACUACAGAGGUUGUCAAAUGUGCUAAUGUGUGUGGAGGGUGGGGAAUGGCAUUUUGUGAGCCAUUUCAUUGGUGACAAGACAUAGAGCAACUUUUCCUACUGCAUUUUGGAAGCAAGCAGCCAUAAAACAACACCCACAACACACUAUCAACUAGAGUGGGGACAGUGAGAUUUGUAUGAACAUUAGGCAAAGCCAUGAGAUCAAACCAUCCAUCCCAAGCCUUUUACCAAUGAGGUAGUCACCUGGUUUCCAACAUCAUGAGCAUAUGUGAAAAUGUCAAACACCUGCAUCUGACUCACUCGGGGCUAGGCAGGAGCCAGUCUGUGCUCAGGAUGCUCCAGUAGGAACCAAGCGCUUGGCCAGCCAGUUGGUGUGGGACUUGUCCUGCUGGCCACAUCCCUUCUGACAGCCAAAACAGAAAACUGCUGAUUUUAAGACCAAAAGUUUGCUCAACAUCAAACACUACAUGAUCUCAAAAUUAACAUGUGACCUUUCUUCAGUGUUGCCAAUUUAAUUUUGUGCAUUUGUGUCAGAAUCUAGUUUACAAUUUGGGGGGGCUCCACUUGUAUAAUUUGCUUUGAAAAGUAAGUUUAAUACAAUGUUUUAUUGUUGACUGCUGCAGUUAAAUCAAAAUUACCAUGGGGUAACUUUUGGUAAUUCAUGUCUUUGGACAAAGCUGAUAGUGGUUUUCUUAAGCAGCAUCUGCCUGAAUGACUUUAAAGAAAUUAGUAUAUUUAAAAGUAUCAUUUGACUUUGAUUAAUUGCACCAUUAAAACAUUUGACUUAAAUUAUUUGACCAUUCCAGUCUGCGUAUUGUCCUAACUUAUUGUAUAGGCCCGCAUGUCGGUUCACUGGUGUUUGUGUGCAAUAAAGGCAAGGACUAGAUGCACUACUGUGUAGCUCACACAACUGUACCUUGUUGCACUAUGUGAGGAUUUACAGUCGCUUGCAUUGUUCACAAAAUAAACAUCUCCUAUCAAACAC